AUGUCGACCGCCAGCGACCGUAAGAGACAGGCUACACUGUCUUUCAGUGGACAAGGUGUACGGCUGGCAGAAGACCCACAGCCAAAAAGGAAGCGAGCACCAAAAGCCAAGGACACGAGGCCAACAAAGCAAGCAGCCUUUGCCUGGGGUCGAUCAUCACAGACUCUGCCACUUGAGGAUGCAGGCGUCGACGGCAAGCGGGCAGCCGCCAGUGAAAACACCAUGGCCAACGAGGCAGCAGCCAUCAUCGACGACGCGAGCAAGACCAGCGAGUCAGCCUUCGCCUGGGAUCGAGCAUCAACGACUAUGCCACUUCAGCAUGCAGGCGUCGACAGCACGCGGGCAGCCGCCAGUGACAACACAAUGGCCAACGAGGCAGGAGCCAUCAUCGACGUCGCGAGCACGACCUAG